AUGACUCCGCGCACGUCUGGAGCUGCGUCUAUCCGAGAUGGCAUCGUCAUCGAUCUUUCCAAGAUGCGCAAGGUGAUUGUCGAUGUGGAUGCCGAAACAAUCAAGGCAGACGGUGGGACUAUCUGGGAAGAUGUCGACGUUGAGGCUGCCAAGUUUGGUCUUGCAACUGUAGGUGGCACCGUCAACCAUACCGGCGUGGGGGGCUUGACUCUGGGAGGAGGCUAUGGUUAUCUUACAGGAAAGUACGGCUUAACGAUUGGUAUGUGCAUGAACCAGUAUCAAUGA